AUGCUUUAGGAAGGGUUAAGAAACUUCAAGGAACUUCGAGCCAAAUUUCAAAAGUUUGAUGUGCCAUCUCUUCCAGGACCUAUUAAAUUCUCAGCAGGCGUUCCUCAAAAGGGUAAUAUUGGAAGCACACAAUCAACAAGAAUUUUGGCCAAUGGGAAACCCCUCUUGUCCAACCAAAAUCCGCUCCCACCAUGCUGUUCUAGUGCGGAACCCCAGCUUCUAAAACCCCAGGAAACAAAGUUAGCCCAGAGGGGUGAGAUUCAGAAAUGUUCGAAUUCCCCAGGACCUCCGGAAAGGUCUCCUGGUUCUGCAGUAAAUUCCCAGAAAACUUCUCUCCUGUUAGACAUGAGUCAGUCGAAUGCCGAGAUAACCAACAAAAGGAGAGUCGUGGUGAACGAGAGCUUCAAAGAUAAGCUCUGGAACUGGGAGAAGGUUUCAUCUCAGAAGAGUGAGUUGUCUUCAGCCUCUCUCCUUGCCAGUUGCGCACGCAGGGCCUUCCAUCUGGAGGAGGAGAAAAGCAGAGGGCUUCCUCCAAAGGAACCCAGGAGAAAGCUGGAAAUAAAAGGACCACAGACCCUGCCUUCCCAGAGGCACUUGAUGGCCCAAAGAGAAUCACUUGCCUCUCCUGAAGAUCCCACUUUUCUACUUGUUCAACAUGGCAGGAAGAGCCUAGAAAAUCCUCUUCCUGAGAGGCGCCCAGUGAGGGGCUCCUGCCAGCCUAUCUAUGAGAGUGAACUUGCCAACCAGGCCCCAGAAAAACAGCCAGUUGAUAGGCAUCACCAAUUUCUCAAAAUGAAACCACUGCCUUCCAUCAAGUCCCUGGGUCCUCCUCCCCCAAAGCCUCCGAAGCCCCCAGUCGUGAACCUCCAGGCCUUCCAGAGGCAGGCAGCUGCAAUUUCCAAGGUCCACAGGGAAGCAGCCGUAGAAGAGACCUGCCUGCCUCCAGAGAGGCUACAGAAUGCUGAAUUUGAAGAACCACAUAAUUAUGAGGCAACAAUUUCAUAUCUGAAACACUCUGGCAACUCCAUUAACCUGUGCACUGCAAAAGAAAUUGCUGAUUCAACUUACGAAGUCGAAAUUGAAGAACCCCGAAAGCCUUGGAAGAAUGGUCUCCAUCAAGAACUUCGCCCUAAACAUGAAGAUGAAGAUGAAGAUAAAAAGGAGAAGGAAAAAGAGCCACGUGAAUUGGAACCUCAAAAACCAGAAAAGGAUCUACCUUCAAGCCAUCUCUUCAAGGUAUCAGUGUUCUAGGGUUCCAGGCCAAACAGUAGACAGGUGAUGAAAGUCCUCGGAGGCAGCAGGAGCAUGCUGCCCAGGAAGCAGGGCCCUGUGAGCGAUGCUGUCCAGACAAAGGCCUGGCCCCAAGACCCGAAGCUGGCCAGGCACUCCCUAGGCCACUGUGGGUAUGUGGAGGCCUUGGAGGUCACUACAGAAGCUCUAGGCAGCGGGGCCUGUAAGCCUCACUCCAUCUCAGAGGAGACCUAUGAUGAUGUUGAGUACCCCGGGAGAGCGGGACCACAGUCAGACCUCUGUAACUCAUUUGCUUCCGAUAAUGAAAAUAGUGAAGAAGUAUAUGAAGAGGUCUAUAAAACAAAGAGCAACUACCCAGAGAUAGAUUUAGAUGGAAAAGAAGCACUUAAAAGACUGCGGAAAUUCUUCAAGAAAGAAAAGGAUAGGUUUAAAAUGAAGAAAAACAAGUUGAAAGAAAACAUGAGUGCAUUUUCAAUUUCGAUGCCUGAUUUAGAACUUAGGUCUCAGGAAGUUAUUAUCUAUGAUAAUAUGGACAUAAAUGAAAAAGAGUCAAGAGAGGAAGAUAAACUAAAAACUUGGAAACCCAAGUUUUUGAUGGCAAAGGAAAAAAAAGAGAGAAAAGGUGCUGAAGAAUCAGAAAGUUUAUCUCCUAGAAAUUUCUUCAGAACCAAGAAGCAAAACUUAGAAAAGAUGAGAAUGGAAAAAGAAGAAAAACGUUUUCGAGAACAAUUUAAGUAUGACAAAGAGAUUACUGUCAUCAACACAGCAGUGGCAUGUUCCAGUAAUUCAAGAAAUGGAAUAUUCGAUUUGCCAAUAAUCCCUGGAGAAGAACUGCAAGUCAUUGAUACCACUGAAGAAAAUCUAGUGAUUUGUCGCAAUUCCAAAGGCAAAUAUGGAUAUGUACUAAUUGAACAUCUAGAUUUCAAGAAUCAAGGCUGGUCACCUUAGGAAGAUCAAGCUCCAGUGGGAGGGCCUGCACUAGGAAGGACUAAUCUGAGACCUCAGUACUGCCUCACCUCAGGUUCAGUUCGCUGACGUCAAAUGGGAUGGUGGGAUCUGUGGAAAUGGAGAAGAGAAAAA